AUGUCAGAACUAAAGCAAACUCGGAGAGACCUAAACAACCAUGAGAUUCCCUUGUUGGAGCUGCUCAAAUCAACCCUUUCCGCUCUGGAUGACAUCAACGUAUUCGCUUUCUCAGGCAAGAUACCAGUUAGAGAAGACGAGAAGGGAUUGUUGAAGCUUUUCACAGAGAAGGAAGGGAAAUUACGAUUGCGUUCGUUCCCUUUGAGUGAUCUAGAUGCUCAGGAGAUAUAUCAUGGUGCAGUCCCAUAUGGGAAAGAUGGGAAGCUAUUGGGUGGUCGGGUCCUGACGGCCGACAGAUUUGGUCUCACCGGAGUACCUACCAUUCCCUCAUGGAUACUAAAUCGAGUCUCUGGUCAAUACUCCUCUCCCAUCGAAUAUCGUAUGGACGGAUUAUUCGCGUUGGGCGUAGGAGACUCAGUGCUACUGCCCAAUGACAAAUCUACGGAAUAUGAUGAAGAGUGCUCCUAUAUCGAUCCAUCUACUAAUAUCAAAUAUUACACCUCAUUCGACAUCAACGAAAGAGCCGGUACACUGUUGAUCUCGUUACCAACCAGAUACACGGGUGGAGAGUUCGUUAUCUCAAAGCCCGUAAACACAGAGGAUGGUAUGAUGCUAUCAGGUACUAUGGAUUGGUCAUCCGUAGACGGUGAAGAGUGGGAUAUCAAAUACUGUUAUUUCAACCCUCCAGCUCGGGCGAUCAUUUCUCCUGUUGAGGAAGGGACAAUGUUAUUCUUACAAUACCAUAUUUGGGUGAACGACGAAGCAGAAUAUCUCAAAUCGGUUGAAGUGGAUCAACAAGUUGGAAAGGAUGUCAUCAAGCAAAGAUUGUUGGGAAUAAUCAAUAAUGGAAGUAUCUUGAAAGAAGGUGGAAAGAUCGGAUUUGGAUUGAAUGGGUAUUAUGAUAAUUGGGUAGAAGAGUUAGAGGAUGAGGAUGAGGCUGCGAAUGAGGAUAACGACGAAUCUGAAGAACCAGAAGAGAAAGCAGAGGCAAACAAUUCCGAGACUGAAGAAGAGCAAAUGGAAAGAUGGUCAAAGAAGUACCAACAGAAACCACCUCGAACUGUCACAUCGGAAGAGGAAGCAAGGCUCAUCAGUGAGCUGCCUGGUAAGUUGAAAGGUGUCGACAAGCUUUUGUUGGAUACCCUCUCGGAGAUGGGCCUAAAUUGGCAUUUCGAAGGAGUUUACAGUUCUCCUUCUGAUGAUGAGGAUGAUGUCGAAGAAGUGAAGGAGGAAGUUUCUGAACCUGAUAUUGUGGAUGGAGAAGAUGGAGGAGCGGCAGAAGAAGUGGUUGGGGAAGAUGAAAAACUCGAAGACCCCACCAAGCAAACAGAUAUGUGGACUUCUCCCUCUUUCUACGCGAUCCAAGGUGAAACCAUCUCCGAUUCGCGAUCCGUUGGAAAAGCCUUGCUUGAAAAAGGGGUGAAGAAGGCUGUAGACAUUUACUGGAUCAACAUUCCAACUUAUUAUAACAAUGGGUGCUGGUAUAAGCAUGAAGUUAAUCAGGAAGAUCAAGAUGAGUCUAAUUGGGAUGCAGCUGUUUACAACACUGUAUCAGUUGGUGUAGCAAUCAUAAUCGAAUUACCUUCGAAAGUCUAG